UUGGUUCGCCUACAUUUAUCACCGAUAACUGAAAUCAAGUGAUUCCCUCUAUUUUUACUCAAGUCCAAAGAAAAGAAUUAUUUGGCAAAUUUAUAUUUUCAACCUUUUAAUCAACGAUACCCAACUGUAACAAAAAAAAAGUCAAAAUGUCUGAUGGAUCUGAAUGUAACAUUAAGGUUGUCUGCCGUUUUCGACCGUUAAAUGAUUCGGAAGAAAAAUCUGGUAGCAAAUUUGUUGUAAAAUUUCCUUCAAACAGUGAAGAAGGGUUGACUAUAUCGGGCAAAACUUAUGUGUUCGAUAAAGUGUUCAAACCAAAUGCAAGUCAAGAAAAAGUAUACAAUGAAGCAGCAAAAGCUAUUGUCAAAGAUGUUCUUGGUGGAUAUAAUGGUACCAUUUUUGCCUAUGGUCAAACAUCAUCGGGUAAAACACAUACGAUGGAAGGCGUACUCAAUGAUCCUGAUUAUAUGGGGAUCAUACCACGUAUCGUGAAUGAUAUAUUCAAUUAUAUCUACUCUAUUGAUGAAGCAAUUGAAUUUCACAUCAAAGUCUCUUAUUUUGAAAUUUAUUUAGAUAAAAUUAGAGAUCUUUUAGAUGUGUCCAAAGUGAAUCUAUCGGUACAUGAAGAUAAAAAUCGUUGCACAUUUGUCAAAGGUGCAACCGAACGUUUUGUAACAUGUCCGGAAGAAGUAAUGGAAGUUAUUGAUGAAGGAAAAUCAAAUCGACAUAUAGCCGUGACGAAUAUGAAUGAACAUUCUUCUCGUAGUCAUUCGGUAUUCUUGAUAAAUGUUAAACAAGAAAAUCAAGAUAACCAGAAAAAACUCACCGGAAAAUUAUAUCUUGUCGAUUUGGCUGGUUCUGAAAAGGUUAGCAAGACUGGUGCAGAAGGAAUGGUGUUGGAUGAAGCAAAAAAUAUUAACAAAUCGCUUUCAGCACUUGGAAAUGUGAUAUCAGCCCUAGCGGAUGGCAAUAAAUCUCAUAUUCCAUAUCGUGAUAGUAAGCUUACUCGUAUAUUACAAGAAUCACUCGGUGGUAAUUCACGUACUACAAUCAUUAUAUGUUGUUCGCCGGCAUCAUUCAAUGAAAUGGAAACAAAGUCAACGCUUGAAUUUGGUCGGCGAGCUAAAACUAUCAAGAAUGUUGUUAUUGUGAAUGAAGAAUUGACCGCCGAAGAAUGGAAACGUCGUUAUGAACGUGAACGUGAAAAAGUUACCAAACUUCGUGCUCAACUUCAACGAUGUGAACAGGAAUUGACAAGAUGGCGAAGCGGCGAAUCCGUUCCACCUGAUGAACAAUCAGGAUUGGUUAGAGAUCUUGAUACUAGUACACUUAGUCUAUCAGAAUCAGUUCAUAAUUUGCCUGCUGCUUCCGCUCCAACAAUGAAUACUAAUGUUCCAAUGUUCAUAACUACUACUAAUGAACCAUUAACAAACGAAGAGCGAAUGAAAUUCGAAGAAGAACGAGCUCGACUUUAUGCUCAGCUUGAUGAAAAAGAUGAUGAGAUUGAUAAAUAUAGUCAACAAAUUGAAAAAUUAAAAGAGCAAAUUGUCGAGCAAGAAGAAAUAUUCACAUCAUCUAGACGUGAUAAUGAUACUCUACAAUCUGAUCUUACUCGUCUUCAACAAGAAAAUGAAUCUCUUAAAGAAGAAGUUAAAGAAGUAUUACAAGCUCUCGAAGAGCUUGCUGUUAAUUAUGAUCAAAAAUCACUAGAGUUCGAAACAAAGAACCGAGAAUUCGAAAUGUUAAGCGAAGAAUUGACUCAAAAAUCUUCAUUAGUAAAUGGUCAAGAAUCGGAAUUGCAACAAAUAAAAGAACAGAUGAAUCACCAGAAACGACGAUAUGUCGAGAUGGUCACAAAUCUAAUGAAAGAUCUCAGUGAAGUUGGAAUCGUUCUGGGCUCUAAUCAAAAUGCAAGUUUUAUCGGUGAACUUAAAAUAUCUAAUGAUGCAAGCAAAUUGGAUGAUGAGUUUACAGUUGCUCGAUUGUUCAUAAGCAAAAUGAAAAGCGAAGUCAAAGCACUUACCACUCGAACUGCUCAUCUUGAAACAUACCAAUCAUCUUGUAAUAAAAAGAUUGAAUCAUAUGAAAAGGAGCUACAAGAACGUCGAUUACUUAUAAGCCAAUACGAGGCCAAGAUGAAUUCGUUACAAGAAACGAUUAAAGAGGCUGAUAAAAAAUUACGUGUUCUGGAAGAAACUGUUGAUCAGCUAAAUGAAGAAUGUGCUAAAUUGAAAGCAGCCGAAGAAAUGCAUCGGGUUACAUCGAAAGAAAAAGAAAAGGAAAAAGAUUCUGUCGAGCAAAUGAAAAAUGCUCUUGAACAGCAAAUUGAAAAGCAUAGAGAAAAUCAUCAAAAACAAUUGGCCAGUCUUCGUGAUGAGAUUGCCGAACGUCAAUCAAUGGUCGACCAGUACAAAGAUUUGAAUCAAAAAAUGACUCUUGCUCUCGAACGAUUACAACAAGAUUAUGAUAAGCUCAAAGCCGAAGAAAAUGACAAGAGUGCUAAACUGCAUGAAAUGACUUUGUUGAAUGAAAAAUGUGAACAAGCCAAGCAAGAUCUUAAAGGACUAGAGGAAACUGUAGCCAAAGAGCUGAAUAGCCUAUUCAAUCUUCGAAAAUUAUUUGUCGAAGAUAUUAAGAAUCGGUUCAAAAAGAUCUCGAUUGGAGAGGAGCAAGAUGAUUCUUCAAAUUCUGGCGGAUCAUUAGCCCAGAAACAGAAAAUCGCCUUCCUCGAAAACAAUCUUGAACAAUUGACUAAAGUUCAUAAACAGCUCGUACGAGACAACGCCGAGUUGAGGUGUGAGCUUCCAAAAUUGGAAAAACGAUUACGUACGACAAUGGAACGUGUAAAAACAUUGGAAGCUGCCUUAAAAGAAGCUAAAGAAUCGGCUAUGAAAGAUCGAAAACGUUAUCAACAUGAAGUUGAUCGAAUUAAAGAAGCCGUUCGACAAAAGAAUUUAGCACGAAGAGGACAUGUCGCUCAAAUAGUGAAACCGAUUCGUGGUGGUGGUGGACCCAAUCCCGUUGCUUACCGUCCCAACAAUUUGCAAUUGAAGUGAUUAUGGAAAAAUCCGUUGGCAUAAAGAAUAUACUAUAUUUAGGUUUUUUUUUUGUUUCAAAUUGUUUUGCUUCCUUUCUCAUUUACUUUUGAUGAAAAAAUGAAUUUCCAUCAUUCUAUCACGCGA